UUGAAAUCACUCCAGGACCUAAGCUUUGAAAUCAAAAAUCUUAAUGGCUCAAUUCCAACAUCUUUUGGUGAUUUGAGCUCCCUAACACUCCUACAUCUUUGGAAUAAUCAACUCUCUGGUUCAAUUCCUAAAGAACUAGGAAAUUUGAAGUUCCUCGCCGAUCUGGAAUUGAGCGAAAAUCAACUCAGUGGUCCUAUUCCUGCUUCAUUAGGCAAUUUGUCUAGGUUAGAAAAACUUUUCCUUCGUUCCAACCAACUUUCCGAUCCCAUUCCACAUGAAUUUGGCAAUUUGAAAAACUUGCUUGUACUAGAAAUGGAUGACAACCAGUUUUCUGGCAAUCUCCCAGAGCUUUGCCAAGGUGGUAAACUUAUGAACUUCACUGUGAACCACAACCAGCUCACAGGUACAAUUCCCCAAAGUUUGAAAAACUAUUCAAGCUUAGCCAGAGCUCGCUUUGAUGAAAACCAAUUCAUUGGAAAUAUAUCCGAAGAUUUGGGCACUAAUCCAAACCUGGUUUACCUAGAUCUAAGUAACAACAAUUUUUAUGGCAAAUUCUCAGAAAAUUGGGAAAUAUUCCCAAUUUUGACACUCCUAAAAAUAGCAAGAAAUAACAUCACUGGUAGCAUUCCACCAGGGUUUGGAAAGUCAACACGGCUAGAACGACUUGAUUUAUCUUCAAAUCGUUUAGUUGGGGUGAUCCCAAAGGAAUUUGGAAAGUUGACUUCUUUGGAGUGGCUAAUUUUGGCUGAUAAUCAACUUUCGGGUUGGAUACCUCAAGAACUCAGAUCACUAACUAAGUUGUUGAAACUUGAUCUAUCCACAAACAAAUUUAGUGGGCCAAUACCAGGUAUUUUGGAGAACUAUCAAAUUUUGUUUUACUUGAACCUGAGCAACAACAUGUUCAACCAGAAAAUUCCAUUACAGAUUGGUAAGUUAUUUCAACUAAACGAGAUGGAUCUGAGUAGUAAUAUUCUCAUAGGAGAAAUGCCAUUGGAAAUCACAAAUUUGCAGAGCUUGGAGAAGUUGAACCUCUCGCACAAUAAACUCUCUGGUCUCAUUCCAAAGAGUUUUGAAGAUAUGCGUGGCUUGGUGUAUGUUGAUAUAUCGUACAAUCAGUUGCAAGGUCCUAUUCCCAUGAGCAACGCCUUUAUGAAUGCAUCAAUAGAAGCACUACAAGGGAACAAAGGUCUGUGUGGAAAUUUCAAAGGCCUGCAGCCUUGCAAAGUUCCUUCUGCAUUGCACAAACUCACUCUAGAAAAAAGGACACUUGUUCUUGUAAUCGUGCUCCCUCUUGGUGGAGCACUCUUACUUCUAGGUGCAUUCGUUGGACUUCUCAUCAUGUUCAAUUCAAGAAAGACAAAGUCACACGUGGAAGAGGGUGACACCCAACCCCCGAAAGAUGAUUUGUUGUCGAUAGCAAUAUUCGAUGGAAGAGCAAUGUACAAUGACAUUGUACAAGCUACCAACGAUUUUGAUGCCACAUAUUGCAUUGGAAAAGGAGGAUACGGAACUGUCUACAAAGCGAAGUUACCAUCAACUAAUAUAAUAGCUGUGAAGAAACUUCAUCCGUUAUCCGAGAGGGCUGAUAGGAAAGAUUUCUUAAAUGAGGUAAGGGCAUUGACAGAAAUUAAGCAUCGAAACAUAGUGAAGCUUUUUGGGUAUUGUUCACAUGCUCGAUACUCUUUUCUAGUUUAUGAGUACCUCGAAAGAGGUAGUUUGGCUACAAUUUUUAACAAAGACGAAGAAGCUAAAGAAUUGGAUUGGCCUAAGAGGGUGAAUAUUAUUAAGGGUGUGGCAAGCGCUUUGUCAUACAUGCACCAUGAUUGCACACCGCCUAUUGUUCACCGAGACAUUUCCAGCAACAAUGUUCUAAUUGAUGAGGAGUAUGAGGCUCAUGUUUCGGACUUUGGCACUGCCAAGCUUUUGAAGCUAGAUUCCUCUAACUGGAGUGCAUUUGCAAGAAUAUACGGAUAUGUUGCACCAGGUAAACAUAGUUUUAUGCUCUCCUAAAUUGGCAUAGAAUCUAAAGCAUAACAAAACAAGUGCAUUACCAUGUCUCUCUUUUCUUGUAGAGCUUGCUCACACAAUGAAGGUAAUUGAAAAGUGUGAUGUCUAUAGCUUUGGUGUGUUAGCACUGGAAGUGAUCAAAGGAAAGCAUCCGAGAGACUUCAUCAUGUCCCUGUUGACCCCGACUAUUGAGAACAUACAGCUAAAGGAUGUGUUGGACCAACGCCUUUCACCUCCCUCCCCUAAAGUUGACGAGGUAGUGAUGUGUAGUGUAAAAUUGGCAAUCGCAUGUUUGUAUGUCAAUCCACAAUCUAGGCCAACCAUGCACAUUGUUUCUCAAUUGUUAUCCACCCGAAAAUUUCUGUAGAGCCUCACCUAUGUGCACCGAAUUGCUGCCAAUGAAAAUGUGCAGAAUUGAUCCCUUUCUAUUCUGCAUAUUUUUUCGUGCACUAAUUUUGUGCACUUAGCAAAACUCAAGCCUCAAAGACAGUGCAAAGCUAUUUUGUUUAGUAAGGAUAUGCUAGAUAUUAGAUAAAACCCAAUCGUCUCUAUUACCCACUAAAAUAUACUUUUCAUAUAGGGAUUUUUAUUGUAAGAAUAAAUACUUAAGAGUGAAAAUCAAUAAAAAGAGAGGUGUACCCUUAGGGCCUUUGUGCGCCAUGUGUGUAUGGUAGUAACCGAACCACACACAUAUGGUGUGGUUUCUCUCUUUAUUGUCAUCUUAUUUAUUUUAUUUUGUGUUGCUUUUAUUUUUAUUUUUCUUGCAUAUAUACCUACCUUGUAGCACCAAAAAUUGUUGGCUUCUUUUAUAUUGAUUUCGAAGAGCAAUGUUCCCGGUAUAAAUUACCAAAAUGGUUCAAAUUUGAUAUUGGUGGUGAUGAGUUUGUGGCGGUGAUUCUACAAGAAGUUAGGUCUUGAAUGACAAAGUUUUUUUUGUCUCCAAAGAGCUAAUUUCGUCACUAUAGAUAUUUGUGAGGAAAUAUUUUCUUCACCAAUUUCGUCAUUGAAUGUUUGUCACUAA